CCCUAAAACCCAUCAUCUUCUUCCUCCUCCUUAAACCCUAGACCCCUCACUUUCUCUAUCUCCAAAUAUUCAAAAAUUCAAACCCCAUUUCACGAAUCAAUCAUUUCUGACACAAACCCAUGUCCCCUUGGAUCCUUCUAGAACGUCCCAGAGCUCUCUCGAAGCUCCUCUGCAAUCUCAUCUUCACUCGAGACAUGGGCGGCGGGCCUCGGACCUUCCCCGGCGGCGUAAACAAGUGGCAAUGGAAGCGCAUGCACGAGAAACGAGCUAGAGAGAAAGAAAAGCGACUUCUCGAGCAAGAGAAGCAGCUCUACCAGGCCCGAAUCCGCUCACAAGUCCGGGCCAAACUCGCCGGCAAGCCUGACCCGUAUUCGAACCCGGACCCGUCAAUGGUUCACGGCCCAAUGAGCCCCACUGACCACAUUAAAGCUCUAGCCAGUCGCUUCAUGAAAGAAGGAGCUGAAGACUUGUGGAACGAAGACGAUGGACCUUUAAAGUCGCCACCGCCGAGGGGAACGAAUGAACGGCCAGGAUUUGUCGGACCGAACGGGCGGCGAGGAUCAAUCCGAUCGCCGAUCGAUUUGAGGAAGCUGAUCCCAGAAGGGCGGGAAAAUGUGAAUUUCACAAAUCCGAGUGGCAGUUACGUAAAUGGAAGGAAUUAUUCGGGGCAAAGCUGGAGAAGAUUUCGGCGAAAUGAGAGCUCAGAGAGCGAGGACAAUGACGAGGAUUACGGUCCAUCAAACGAAUCGCCGAAGCCCUUUGCCCGAAAUUUGGCCGGAAAUCGGAGAGAUACGAAUUCGGAAAAAAUCCCGAAAAUUUCGGGUCAAAGGCCAAGGCUCUCUAAGGAGGAGAAUUCGGAUUUCGAGGGAGAGUCGGUGAAGUAUUUUGCGGGGAGUUCGAGGUGGCCGAGGCUUAGUGUUGGUGGAGGAGAGGAGGAAGAGAAUGAGGGAAUAAUGAGAGGUAGAGGGAGAGAGAGAGGAGCGAGGAAGGUGGGGAGUAGUGCUUCUUUGGGGAAGUAUGAUGUGAAGAUAAAGAAACGGGUGCCGCUUCAGUCUUUGGAGGAGGAGGUUAAUUUUCCGCUUCAGGUUGAGUUGAUAAGGCAUCAGCUUAGCAAGAAGAGUUUGGUGGAUGAGAAUGGAGGAGAGAAGAAGAGAGGGGAGGAAUCAAUUCUUAGUCAAAAAAGAUUUGAUGAGUGUGGUAUAUCUCCAUUGACAGUCAAGGCACUCUCUGCUGCUGGGUAUGUUCAAAUGACACGAGUACAGGAGGCUACUCUAUCUGCUUGCCUUGAGGACAAGGAUGCUUUGGUCAAAGCUAAAACUGGUACAGGCAAAAGUGCAGCUUUUUUGCUUCCUGCUAUUGAAACAGUUCUAAAAGCUUCAAGUAAUAGUACCAUUCAACGGGUGCCUCCAAUUUAUGUUCUUAUUCUCUGCCCCACAAGAGAACUGGCAAGUCAGCUUGCUGCAGAAGCAAAUGCUAUGCUAAAGUACCACGAUGGCGUAUGUGUGCAAACACUGGUUGGGGGUACACGUUUCAAAGAUGACCAGAGGCGCCUAGAAUCAGAUCCAUGCCAGAUAAUAGUGGCAACUCCAGGUAGGUUGUUAGAUCACAUUGAAAACAAGUCCAGCUUGUCCUUGCGUUUGAUGGGAUUGAAGAUGCUUGUACUUGAUGAAGCCGAUCACUUAUUAGACCUGGGAUUCCGGAAGGACAUGGAAAAAAUUGUUGAUUGCUUGCCUCGUCAGAGACAGUCUUUGCUGUUUUCUGCAACUGUCCCAAAAGAGGUUCGCCGAAUAUCUCAACUUGUUUUGAGAAGAGAACAUGCUUUUAUUGAUACAGUGGGUCUUGGUUGUGUAGAAACUCCUGCUAAGAUUAGGCAGUCUUGUCUGAUUGCUUCCCAUGAAUUACAUUUUCAAAUAGUGCACCAUCUCUUGAAGGAACAUGUCUCACAAACACCCGACUACAAGGUUAUUGUCUUUUGUACGACUGGGAUGGUAACAUCUCUCAUGUGUCUACUUCUCCGGGAAAUGAAAAUGAAUGUUAGGGAGAUACAUUCAAGAAAGCCUCAACUUUACCGAACUCGCAUAUCUGAUGAGUUCAGGGAAUCCAAACGACUGAUUCUUGUUUCAUCUGAUGUUUCAGCACGUGGAAUGAAUUACCCUGAUGUUACAUUGGUCACUCAGAUAGGAAUUCCUUCUGACCGAGAACAGUAUAUACAUCGCCUUGGAAGAACUGGACGGGAAGGCAAAGAAGGGGAAGGCAUAUUGUUGCUGGCACCAUGGGAAGAAUAUUUUUUAGAUGAAAUUAGAGACCUGCCUCUUGAGAAAAUUCCUUUACCGCAUUUAGAUCCAAACAUAAAGCUACAGAUGGAAGAUUCAUUGGCAAAGAUUGAUACUAGUGUAAAAGAAUCUGCAUAUCAUGCUUGGCUUGGCUAUUAUAACUCAAUCAGGGAAAUUGGCAGGGAUAAAACCACUCUUGUCAAAUUAGCCAAUCAAUUUUGUCAGUCAAUUGGUUUACAGAAACCUCCUGCCCUCUUCAGGAAGACAGCUCUUAAAAUGGGCUUGAAAGACAUCCCUGGCAUCAGAAUUAGGAAGUAAUGUCUCAAAAGCUUCCCGGUAAUAUCUGGCAUAACAGUUUGUCUUUUUCCCCCCCUCCCAAAUCUCCGUCUUUCUCUCUUCAUUAGGUUGCAAUUCCCCGAAAACCCAUGGCAUAGCUCAAAAUAUAUACCAAAACCAAUAUAUUUCUUGUGUAGAUAUUUGUAAGCAACAAGGUGAUUAUGAUCCACAAGCUUUGUUUUAUUUUGG